CGCAUGUACUCAGCGGGUCGACCCUGCGAGUGUUCCCGCGUCUUUUAUCCAUUAUUUCUGGUUUGUUUUCCGGGUGUUGAAUUCCUCGAAGCUUGUGGUUAAAGUGAUUGGCAGGCCUCGUCGCACUGACAGUCUCCACAGCUUCCCCUCGGUGUCUCUGCGUUUUCCUGCUCGUUCCACGGCUUUUUUGCCCUCCGUUCCAGCACCUUUCUGCUCCCUUUUCUCUCCCUUUUCGUUGUCACCAUGGCGGGUCCCAAGGGAAAGUCUGACAAGCGCAAGACGUACUUCUCGCGUCUGUUCGCGCUCCUCGAGAAGUACCCGCGCGUCCUCGUCGUCGAGGCAGACCACGUCGGCAGCAAGCAGAUGGCCGACAUCCGUCUGGCUCUGCGCGGCAAGGCCGUGGUGCUCAUGGGGAAGAACACGAUGAUUCGAACUGCGCUCAAGCAGAAGAUGAGCGAGAUGCCGCAGCUGGAAAAGCUCCUGCCUCUCGUCCGGCUGAACGUCGGCUUCAUCUUCUGCAUCGAAGACCCCGCAGAAGUCCGCAGAAUCGUCGCGGAAAACAAGGUCCCGGCCCCCGCACGCCAGGGUGUCUUCGCGCCUAUCGACGUCUUCAUCCCCGCGGGUCCGACGGGCAUGGACCCUGGCAGCACCUCCUUCUUCCAGGCGCUCGGCAUCGCCACCAAGAUCGUCAAGGGUCAAAUCGAAAUCCAGAACGAGGUCCACCUCAUCAAGGAGGGCGACAAAGUCACCGCCAGUGCCGCCACGCUCCUUCAGAAGCUCAACAUCAAACCGUUUGAAUACGGUCUCGCCAUCCAGCAUGUCUACGAUGACGGUUCGGUCUACAAGGCCUCUGUACUGGACAUCACGGACGAGGUGAUCCUGGAGAAGUUCAGAGCCGGCACGAUGAACGUGGCUGCUUUGUCGCGGGAGGUGGGUUUCCCGACGACGGCGUCUGCGCCUCACAGCAUCUUGGAGGCCUUCAAGUUCUGCACGUCUCUCGUCCUGGAGUCGGACUACUCCUUCCCGCAGAUGCAGAGAAUCAAGGACAUCCUGGAAAAUCCCGAGGCGUUCGCCGCAGUCGCCGCCGCUGCCGCCCCCGCCGCAGGCGCUGCCGCUGCCGCCGAGGCUCCCAAGGAGGAGGAGCCGGAGGAGGAAGAAGACGACAUGGGUUUCUCUCUCUUCGACUAGAAGAGUGCGGAGAAGAAAGACGACGAUGGCUUCGCGGUCUUCGAGGAAACGGAGGAGGAGUGCGGUGUCUUCUCUUCUGUGGAGAGCGCAGAGGAGACAGCACGCGCAAAAGUGGGAAUCUGCGGAAAGGCAGAAAAGACGAGUUAGGGAGGAGGGCCUGGAGGCGGCAAAAGAGGCGAGAGCAGAGGCGGCUCGGCCUCUGCUCUCGCGGGACUUCUGUGAGGAGACACGGGCGACUGCGCAGGCGGGAGAGAACGAAGGCGAGAGGGGUGUUAGCUUUCGUUUGCUUUCGAUUUUUUCCAGAUUGCAUGCAGUGACUGUGAAAGCCUCGCCGUGAGUCGCAGGGCUGCUGUCCAGUGUUUGUUUGGAAAGCCCAGAAAAGGGGCAACAGACCAGCGAAACAGGCCGUCAAUGGAUCGAGAAACAAUCUUCACUUUGUGAAUAUAGAGUAUAUAUGUAUAUGAAAAACAGUGCAUAUAUGGAAAGGCAGACGUUGCCAAAAGAGGAGAAAGGAACUCUCGCAGUAGUGUGCAUACCGAGAAAGGAUGACACGAUGAGAAAUUGCGCUUGAGAUACGGCAUCUGGAUGCGCAUAGGUUUCAGGCACCACGAUCAUCUGGGUCCUUUGUCUUCACUUAUCGUGAGUGCACAAAUAUAUAGAGAGGGAGAAAGACGGUGUAUAUGGGUAAACAGGAAGUUUUGCACGUUGUGCUGGUAUUGUGAGAUGAGAGUUGUAGCUUCGAAUACAGGCGACACUCCCAACUCAAGAAGGGCUCACGUCACUCUGCGUCGAACGAAAAAGGAGUUUGUUCAAAGUCAGAAACUGCAGCUACUUUGGCCGCAAGAAGAAAAUUCCCA